AUGAGGGUGAUGAUAUGCUUGCCUCAUGUGGUUGCUGAGAAAUUACAUGGGUUCACUCCCAUCAGGCUUUUUGAAACACACAAGGAAAAUCCUGAAGAAGGAAGGGCCAGCAUUUACAAAUCAGUGAUCAUCAACACUUCUAAGGAGAUGAUGUGCUUCAGUGACUAUCCCAUCCCAGAUCAUUAUCCUAACUUCAUGCACAACUCCCAGGUCCUGGAGUAUUUCAGGAUGUAUGCCAAAGAAUUUGAUCUUCUAAAAUAUAUUCGAUUGAAGACCACUGUGUGCAGUGUGAAGAAGCAGCCUGAUUUCUCCACUUCAGGCCAAUGGGAGGUAGUUACAGAAUCUGAAGGGGAAAAGGAGGUAAAUGUCUUUGAUGGAGUCAUGGUUUGCACCGGCCAUCACACCAAUGCUCACUUACCCUUGGAAAGCUUCCCUGGAAUUGAGAAGUUCAAAGGACAGUACUUCCAUAGCCGGGACUAUAAGAAUCCAGAGAGUUUCACUGGAAAGAGAGUCAUUGUAAUUGGCAUUGGAAAUUCUGGAGGGGAUCUGGCUGUGGAAAUUUCCCACACAGCCAAGCAGGUUUUCCUCAGCACCAGGAGAGGGUCUUGGGUCCUGAAUCGUGUAGCAGACUAUGGAUAUCCCCUUGAUGUGUUAGUCUCUUCUCGAUUUAAACAUUUUCUUUUGAAGAUCUGUGGUCAAUCAUUAGCAAACAAUUUUUUGGAGAAAAAGAUGAACCAAAGGUUUGACCAUGAAAUGUUUGGCCUAAAGCCUAAACACAGAGCUCUGAGUCAGCAUCCAACAGUGAAUGAUGAACUGCCAAAUCGUAUAAUUUCUGGCUUGGUGAAGGUGAAAGGAAAUGUGAAGGAGUUCACAGAGACAGCCGCCCUAUUUGAAGAUGGCUCCAGGGAGGAUGACAUUGAUGCUGUUAUCUUUGCCACAGGCUAUACUUUUGCCUUUCCUUUUCUUGAAGAUUCUGUUCAAGUAGUCAAAAACAAGAUAUCCCUAUAUAAAAAUGUCUUCCCUCCUAACCUGGAAAAGCCAACUCUUGCAAUCAUAGGCUUGAUCCAGCCUUUGGGUGCCAUUAUGCCGAUUUCAGAGCUCCAAGGACGCUGGGUCACUCAAGUAUUUAAAGGGCUAAAGACAUUGCCCUCACAAAGCAAAAUGAAAGCAGAGAUAGCUAAGGUUCAAGAGCAAAUGGCAAAAAGGUAUGUGGAGAGCCAACGCCAUACCAUUCAGGGAGACUAUAUAGAUACCAUGGAAGAGCUGGCUGAUCUCGUGGGUGUCAGGCCCAGUCUGCUGUCUCUGGCCUUCACUGACCCUAAAUUGGCAAUACAGAUCAUCUGGGGACCCUGCACUCCAAUCCAGUAUCGUCUACAAGGCCCUGGAAAAUGGGAUGGAGCCCGAAAAGCUAUCCUCACCACAGAAGAUCGUAUCAGGAAGCCACUGAUGACAAGAGUUAUCGAACACACUAAUUCCACGACUUCAACAAUAACAAUGGCUAAGUGUAUGCUGGCUGUUGUUUUCUUUGCUAUAAUUGUGACCUACUUUUAG